CAAUAUGGCAGACGAAGAAGAUCCAUGGGGAGACGACGCCGGUGGUGAUACUGAGGAAGUAGCAGCAGUACCUACUCCAGCCGCUGAAACUCCGAAAGCACCUUCGAAAGCAGGGAGUGUGGUUUCCGAUCAUAAAUCAGAGAGUAUUGGUGUAGCAGGGACCCCAGCGAAAGAAGCAAGCAUUGCCGAGGGUGAAAUAGAGUUUAAAGCCCCCCCACUUCCGCCAGAAGAUGAUGGUUACAGGAAACCAGUUCAGUUGUAUCGACAUUGGGUGAGGCCAAAAUUUCUACAAUACAAAUAUAUGUAUAACUACAGAACCAAUUAUUAUGAUGAUGUAAUUGACUAUAUUGAUAAAAAACAAGUUGGAGUGGCACGUGACAUACCAAGACCACAGACUUGGGCGGAACGUGUUCUUCGUACACGAAAUGUCAGUGGCAGUGGUAUUGAUUCAUUUGAACCAUCAGCGAAGAGGGACAAACAAUUAACUCAAACAUUGGCGGCCUCAAUAAGAACCUACAAUUACCAUACCAAAGCUUAUAUGAACCAGAAGUAUGGUAGUGUUCUUUAGUAUGCGUACGCGUCGCCACUUGAGUAUACAUAUAGAAAUGUUAUAAAAGAUUAAUUCACCUCACAUCAGACACAAAUAUUAGCUUCUAAAAAGCUAUAAUAAUAGCUACUAGGCGUUUGUAUACCUGCGCAUGUUUAUCACGCCUUCCACCCAUACUGCCCGACAGCUAACACUUUGAAGAAGAAAAUAUAAAGUUUUAUAUACUAUUUUUUUUUUAUAGUGUAAUUUCUGUUAAUAUAUAUUAGAGUACAUAUGUAUAAGUAUAUCUAUUUAUAUAUAAAUGUAUAUACAUAUAUUAACAAAACUUACCUUAUAUUACAUACUUAAUAUUUUUAAGACUACUUACAUUAUUUAUAGAUCGGUAAAAGAAUCAAUUUAUAUUUUAAAGCUUAAAUAGAAUACUGUGCAAUAAAUAUAUACAUACAAAAAGCGACACACUAA